AUGUUCUCCCCACGUGCGAUAUUCCGUUUUAUAUACGGCAGCUUCUAUUUCGUCCUAUGCUUCCUCCUCGCCGUUCUCCUUCUCAUUACCCCGGGCGACACCAUUUAUCAGGCCUACUCUAACAACCAACCGUACAACAUAUGGAUCAUUGCCGCAACGCUCGCCCUUACUAUCCUAAUUGUCUCCUUCAUAUAUGCGACGCGGCUAUAUCUCAAUAAGACGAUUCUCGCAGCUAUACCGAAACCAUGGGUUCCCAUCGAGAGGGGCGACGUGAAGAAGAAGGUUCACGAGAUGAUCACUGCCGAUUUGAGGCGCAGUGCGGCAAUCGCUUAUGACUCGAGGCCGCGCGUUGAGACAAAUGCGCUGGUCAGUGACACGGAGGAGGCGUUCGCAGAAAAGACAUCUACUGGAGGCAGCGUGGGCAAAAAACGGUUUCAGCUCGUGAACCUCACGAAACCUGCGACAACAGAAAAGGAGACGGGCAUAGCGCUGCCACCUCGACGACCUGUCUGGGGCGAAAUCGAACACUACGGCUGGUCAUCACCAAAUUCAGUCGACCUACCUGAUCUACAGUACAGUACCGUCAUCUCCGAACUGCCCAACCUCAUUGAAGCGAAGGCCUUGACCUCGGCGCCCCCCGAUCCGACUUCUUCGACCCGCCAGCCGAUGCUCGACCCUGAUGCCGUGGCUUUACUGCAACGACCUCUUCAUAUGGGUUUACGCGAUUACUUUGGACACCUGGCUGAGCUUGGUGUCAUUUCGCUUAAUGCAACAUCCGCAGACUUCCUGGCCGCUUAUGAAUACGCGCGAUUCUCCACUCGACCGAUAUCGAAUGCAAGGUUUCGCGAGUUGAUGCACCUAUUUGCUGCAAUACUCCGUGGCAUGAGACCCUUGGAUCCGACCGUUUUAGGACCCCUGGACGAGCCUAGCGACGAGAGCGAUAUUGAUAACGACGCGCCUAUGGCCACGAAUCCAACAACUCCUCGAAGUAACCUGUCACGAUCUGUGACGCAGAGCACGCAAGGCUCAUAUAAGAAGAAGACGGCACCGCAAGUAGACAUGCGCAACUCAUCGGCACACACAUGGUUACAAUACCGUACUGCACCUGCAACACCUAUGGGCACGCUGGCUGGUGCAAUUUCGAGGUCUUCCAGCUUGAACAGUUUCGCCCAAACUCGACCGGCAUACGAACCCGGUAAUUCCUCAUCAAGCGCAAGUUUAAGGUCAAAGACGUCCGGAAGCUCGGCAUCGGGGUCAGUCAUACGUUUGGCAACCCGAACCGACUCGACCGACUUGCCAUAUGUGCUCACCCUGCGCGACACAAGAUGA